AUGCGUCCUAUGAGCGGUAGGACUCACUGGCGCCUUCCAGAAUGCAUGGAGAGGCCGCAGUACAAACAUUUCUCCAUAGCCGGUGCCACCUAUCGCGUACUGGAUAUUCCCACCUCCGCAGAGCCCUUGAACCGUGCCGAAUGGAAUCAGGCGGCCUUCGAAUCUCUAGCAUCUUGCAAUUCUAGGAGGUUUUCCGCUGUCGCAACUGCUGGUAUCCCGAGCAGAGAACGGGCGGGGCCUGGAAGCGACUUUUCUGAGGAGUACUUCUCAGAUUCAUCCGGCAGUGAUGCUGCCACCAGCGACAGCGACCUAAAGCUGGCAGAAGAAGAAGAGAUGUCAGAAGGCGAUAUCGAGGUGCAGGAGGAGGCGCUGGACGCCGAUUUCAUCUCGUCGUGUUCAGCAACUCAAGACGGCGAGCAAUGGCGUGCCGACAUACGGAUUCCGCGUCCUCUUUACCGCCGCCUUGUGGGUAGGACGCUUUCCGAGGGCCCCUUGACAGCUUCCCUUGAUGCAAUAGGUGCACGAGUCGGCCGAGGGAAAAUGUUGGCAGGCCGAAGGGAAGAAGUAGUGCUCCCCAUCUGGGGUUCCACGGAAAGGAGGGUCUGCUUAGCCGUUCAGAAAACUCAACGGCUGAUGACUCAAAUGCGCUGCAGCGCCCGAGUAACGCAUUUUGUAUCGCUUCCUCUCUCUCUGCCGGAUAUGAUUGCUCGGUUCGAGGUGUACAGACACCUCGUCAUGGCGUCGGGCUACAAGACCAUUGACGAGACGCUCUUCAUCAAUCAGGAAAAGCUGCAUAUUACACUCUUGGUGCUGCGUUUGUUGACUCCAGCAGAAGUUGCCGCAGCAGCAGAAGCCUUGAAAUCAGCGUCAGCGGAGAUUUACGAUGCCGUAGGAACGCGUACGUUGCGGCUUCAUCUGAAGGGCAACAGCUGCUUCUCGGAUGACCCCUCUGCUGUUUCUGUUGUCUUCGCUCCUCUAUAUUCCAGUGAAGGCGCUGAGGCUCUAGCAAAGACGAAGGCCAUGCUGAAUACCGUGACACGCGUGAUCGCGGAGAGGCUGCAGGCUGCAGGCUUGCUUUCCCGCAAAGAGCUGCAGCAGCAGUACGCCUUGGGCACCCAGGGCGAGUUCGACUGCAUCUUCCACAUGACGCUGCUCAACGAGACGUAUAGGCGGCGAGCAGUCGAGAAGCGGCAGCAGGAACAGACUUCUGAGAACCAUGGACAGUCGCAGGAGGGAAGUCGACAGAAACCGCAGCAGCAUCAGAAACGGCAGCACAUGCAAAAGAGAACCUUUGAUGCCUCUCAGCUCAUACAAGAUAUGCGGGGCUUUGACUUCGGUCACGUCCGUGUGCCGUCUGUACAGCUCAACUCCAUCUCGAGCACCACCGAAGGCGCCUACGAGUGCCUCGCCCACGUAGACCUCCCAUGA